AUGACGUCCCAAUCGGCUCUCGCGUAUGAGGAGCCAGGAAUCAGAACAAUCCUGAUCCAAUCGGGAUUCCUGCUGGUUCUCAACUUCACCAACUCUAUCCUGGAUAAAUUGGUGUAUUGCGGUUUGAUUGGGCAGAUUUUCAUUGGAGUGGCUUGGGGUAUGCCGGGCGCUCAGUGGCUGACCCUCGAAGCUCAAGAGAUGAUGCAACAGUUGGGCUAUCUUGGCCUUUUACUUCUUGUAUAUGAAGGCGGACUUUCAACAUCGUUUAAGCAGCUGAAGGCAAAUCUUUUCCUCUCAGCAAUUGCUUCAUUCACGGGUGUCGCGACUCCAAUGGCUCUGUCAUUUGUGCUGAUGCGACUUGUGGAUGCAACACCCCUCCAAGCUUUUGGUGCCGGAGCAGCUCUAUGCUCUACGAGCAUCGGUACCACCUUUACAAUCCUUUCCACAACUGGUUUGGACAAAUCGAGACUAGGAACUGUGCUCAGUGGUGCUGCAAUUAUGGAUGAUGUUGCUGGCCUUGUCAUGGUUCAAAUCAUAUCCAACAUUGGCCGUUCUACUACUGGAUCAUUCAGUCCGGUGACUGUGGUUCGUCCAAUUUGUGUGGCUAUUGGCUUCGCUGUUGGUAUUGUUCUCGUCUGCGGGUUCGCUAUUAAACCAGCCGUACGAAAGCUCCGAGCAGCAAAUGUGAACUUAUUGCCGAAAUGCAAGGAGACCCAGCUAGCUUUUGUUCUACAUAUGGCUACUUUGAUUGGCUUCGUGACUGGAGCGUCAUAUGCGGGCACCUCGGGUCUUUUUGCAGCAUAUCUGGCUGGCGCCUGCAUCUCUUGGUUUGAUGAUCUCCCUCUUGCUCUCGAAGAGAGCUCGCAACAGAGGGAGGAUCCAUCUAUCACGGCUGGUGGCGACAAUCAGCAAGCCAUUGAGAAGAGUCCACGAGGCACGAACAGCAACAUCCAGACCCAGCCGAAAUCACAAGAGAGCGGAGUAUUGAAUUCAGGCUCCUCUUUAAGCCGUGUCAAUGAGGGUAAAUCUCGAAUGGCUUCAGGCCAGCAAACUUUCGAUGCUUAUUGCAAUUCGCCUCUUCAUUUUAUCCUAUGCCCUUUCUUCUUCGCCUCGAUUGGCUUUGCUAUUCCGAUAACGCAGAUGUUUGAGGGCCAGGUGGUCUGGCGAGGUAUUGUGUAUACCUUACUGAUGGCAAUCUCAAAAAUCGUCACUGGUAUCUGGCUUUUGCCAAUUGCAAUCAGCCCACAAUCUGGCCUGAUGAAACUCAAGCGGGUGAUAGCGAUCCCUACUACCUGGUGCACGUCACGACACAAGCAAGAAAACCAAAGACAAGCCGCUGGUCGAAACAAGAAGGGAAAAAAGACUCGUCUAUCUCGCGCUUCUACAAAUACGUCGGCGUCUCGUCAACCUUCAGGGGCCGAAGUCCGCCCUUCGACGCUAUCAGAAAACCCUGCACCAAGCAAACAGACCCGCUCUCUAUACCCAGCUUCUAUCGUUGGCCUGGCAAUGAUUGCACGAGGCGAGAUAGGAUAUCUCAUUGCAUCCGUGGCAGAAACAAGUGGAUUAUUCGCACAACCUGGCAAGGAAACCAAUAACGGCAAUUCGGAAAUCUAUUUGGUUGUGGUGUGGGCAAUUACCCUAUGCACUAUCAUUGGUCCGAUUUGCGUCGGAACUCUGGUGAAGCGAGUGAAAAGUUUGCAGGUCCAGAGAAGCCAGUCUGGCAGUCCAGAUCCCUUAGGUGUCUGGGGCGUGUCAUAG